GCAAGAGAUGCUGAGUUGGGGAAAGAGGAAUUGCUCGUUUUUUAGGAGAAAGGAAACCCGGAAAGUCUCGCCCUGCACCCGGCUGCAUCAGGUGGCCCUCGCUCUGGCCGCCACCGAGUCCGUUCUGCGGAACCUGAGUCUCCCCGCUCUGGCUGCCAGCGCCGUCCCGGUCCUGGAGCUGCUCUCGGCCGUGAGGAGCGACGUGGUCGCCUGCAUGCCCCGGCCCAGCCUCGGCUCCCUCUCUCAAUCUUCCGCUAGCCCUGGAGCCCCAGACUCUGCUCACGGGGGAGCCUGGGCGGGCAGAUCCAGGGACGCGGCCCGCUUAGCUGAACGCCGGCUUGCGGAAAAUCAGCCCUGGGCGCGGGCCCCAGAGAGAGCGCGGCCCGGCCAGGGGGGAUGGGCUCAGCCCCUAGAUUUCCACACUCAAGCGCCCCCCAUCCGCGGCCAGCCGGACGGAGUGGAUCCGAGCUCCGAGAAAAAGAAGAGAAUGCACAAAGCGAGGAGACCGGAAAGUCCCCGAUGUCGCGAAGCCGAGGCGGUUCUCAGCCUCCUGAGGCUGCUCACCUUUGACCUGAAGCUGGCGGUUCUCGCAGGGCCCUGUGCCUCAGCUAAGUAGUCCCGGAUCCAAAGCGGUUUGCUCUACGGGCGCUUUCCACCGGCGGUGCUGUGUCCCUGCGCCAACUGGCCAGCGAGGGGGUCAGGCUCCGCGCUGCGCCUUCGCCAGCGCUCAUUUCCCGAGAACAGCAUCAGACGGCAGGAGACCGGGGAUUUGUGCAGUGCCUCAGGUUCAAAACCCAGGCCCGGGGCCCGGGUAGGGGGCACAGGAAUGGGGGACGUUAUGAUCACUGAGGGAGGGGCGGCUAGGUGGCUCAGUGGGUAGAAUCCCGGCCCUGGAUUUAAGAGGACCUGAUUUCACUCAGAACUAGCUGUGUUACCCCCGGCAAAGUCACUUAACCCCAUUGCCUCAAAAGAAAAAUCCGGGUGGUCCAGUUGGGCAAUUCGCCGCAGGUCCUUGAACCUCAGUAUCUCCACAGCUGUAAAAUGGGACUAAAAACAGGGUAGUGUGAUAGAAAUUUGAGAGGCACCUGCAAUCGGGAAAUCUUGGUUCAAAUCCUGCCUUUGUCGUUGUCUACCAAAAUCACUUUGGAGAAAUUAUCCAAUCUGGGAAAUGGGGAUAAUACACCAAAUCGUUGGCGUGUGAUGCAAAGGAAAAUGGACCUGGAGUCUGCAGCCUUCGUGAUGACUGUGGAACACUGCACAAGUCACUUACCCAACCGGAUCACAAUUUCCUCCUGUAAAAUGGAGCUCAUACUUGAAGUAUUUAGCUCGCAAGAUUGUUGUGAGCAACGUGUUCUGUCCAUGAAAUGGUUUUGCAAAUGUGAAUGUCAUUAUCCUGCCCACCUCCUAAGGUUGCACAUGGCGAAAGGGCCUUGACUUUUGCAGAAUGCUUCCUAAAUAUGAUACUUUGUGAAGAGUAGAUUGUGAAACCUCUGUGAGGUAUAAUUCUGUCAAUGAGAUACAGAUGUUAUUUUUUUAAGUGAUUUUCCUUCCCCUUCUUUUCCCUGAUAAUUUAUCGUUAUUUAUAAACCUCUUACAAACGAUGGUGUCUUGUAACUCACUCCUUGCACACUCACUCCGGGCCUACAGGAUGGCAG